UUGGGUGUCAAUGUCACACAGGACAGUGGUGGCAAAGGCUCUCUCGGCCGUUGCAGGAGCACCUCACAAAUCACGAUCAAUCCAAACCCUCCUAAAUUCUCAAUUUUAACUUUUAUAGGGUUUUUGAUGAUCACACAUCCGGCACAUGUCUUCGGGCUCUCUCUCAUUCCCUUUGCGUUCCUCGUCAAUUCUCCCUUCUAUUUCAGCUUGUCGAGCUGAAAAUCCUAAUACCCAGUUUGGUGGCCGAGAAAUUUUAGGAAUGAGAGAAAGAAAGUUAAGAACUUUGAAUAUUUGUUCUGGGUUUUCUUGAAAAUUAAAUUCCAGAGCGAGGCAAGGGUAGGCUUUACUUCACGGAUGAAUAUUUGAUAGCUGAUAUACCACUCUUUUGACUCGGUUGACGUGAGGUGUACUUUACAGCACGAAGCUUAAGAUUCAAAAUUUUUGUUUUCUUUUUAACUUCCCUUGAUUUUCUCGGCAGCCAAACGCAGGGUAUAUUGUUUGGGUUUUCUCAAUUGAAGAAAAAUGGCAUCUGCUCAGGGGCUUGCUUCGUUGACCCACUCGUUAUUUUCAGUUAAACGGCAGCGUUUUAUCGGUCUCCGUGGUUUCUCAGCACAAUCCUGUGCUAGGAUUUUUCCUAGAAUCUGCAAGCACCAAAAACCCAACUUCAUCGUUGCGAAGUCGAGUAAAGUUCGAGACUUUAGGCUGUUCAAAUCUGUUGAAUUGGACCAGUUCCUGACUAGCGACGACGAGGAUGAAAUGGGUGAAGGUUUCUUUGAGGCGAUUGAAGAAUUGGAGCGAAUGACAAGGGAACCCUCCGAUGUUCUUGAGGAAAUGAACGACCGGUUAUCGGCCAGAGAGUUACAGCUUGUGUUAGUCUACUUUUCUCAGGAGGGUAGGGACUCAUGGUGUGCGCUUGAGGUGUUUGAGUGGCUCCGAAAGGAGAACCGGGUCGAUAAGGAGACGAUGGAUCUUAUGGUUUCCAUAAUGUGUAGUUGGGUCAAGAAAUUGAUUCAGGGGGAGCACGACACUGGGGAUGUGGUUGACCUUCUUGUGGACAUGGAUUGUGUGGGUUUGAAGCCGAGUUUUAGCAUGAUGGAGAAGGUGAUUUCUUUGUAUUGGGAGAUGGGUGAGAAGGAAAAGGCGGUUCUGUUUGUAAAAGAGGUGUUGAGACGUGGAAUUGUGUAUUCGGAGGAAGACGAUACAGAUGGGCAUAAAGGAGGGCCAACUGGCUAUCUUGCUUGGAAGAUGAUGGUUGGGGGCAACUAUAGGGAUUCAGUGAAGUUGGUGAUUCAUCUAAGGGAAUCUGGGUUGAAGCCAGAGGUCUACAGCUACCUCAUUGCAAUGACAGCUGUGGUUAAGGAACUAAAUGAACUUGCUAAAGCUUUGCGCAAGUUGAAAGGUUUUACAAGGGCUGGGCUGAUAGCUGAAUUUGAUACAGAAAAUGUUGGGCUUAUCGAGAAGUAUCAGUCAGAUCUUCUAUCUGAUGGAGUACAGUUGUCCAAUUGGGUGAUUCAGGAGGGAAGUUCUUCACUCCAUGGGGUGGUUCAUGAGAGGCUCCUGGCAAUGUAUAUCUGCUCUGGGCGUGGACUUGAGGCUGAAAGGCAGUUGUGGGAAAUGAAACUUGUUGGUAAAGAGGCUGAUGCAGACCUUUAUGACAUUGUUUUAGCCAUCUGUGCUUCCCAAAAGGAGGCCAGUGCUAUAGGACGGUUGCUUACGAGAACAGAGGUUACCAGCUCUCUGCGUAAAAAGAAAAGCCUAUCAUGGUUGCUAAGAGGGUACAUUAAAGGGGGACAUUUUGAUGAUGCUGCAGAAACAGUAAUAAAAAUGCUUGAUUUGGGUUUGUGCCCGGAGUUUUUGGACAGGGCAGCUGUGCUGCAAGGGCUAAGGAAAAGCAUCCAAGAAUCUGGUGGUGUAGAUUCUUACCUCAAACUUUGCAAGCGCCUCUCAGAUGCCAGUUUGAUUGGACCUUGUCUUGUAUAUCUGUUUAUAAGGAAAUAUAAGCUUUGGAUCAUAAAAAUGCUUUAAAGCACUUUGGGGGGAAGUACUGAGAAUUUAGAAGUAUAGUUUUGUUGGUCAACAUUUUAUAGCACAGGAACCUAAAUCCUGCUUGC